GAGCAAACAACACAGGCUGGUGAAAGAAACGCGAGAAAUGCAAACUCACCAGCUCAGUCAGAGCCAAUGUACUCAACGCAGCUUCCACAGGCUCGUGGCCGCGUGCUGUCAUCAUCGGAGAUACACAAAUCCCAAUCCGGGUCAGGAGACCUUGAAUCCUGUCUGCUCCAAAUCUACCACCAUCACCACCAAAACUCCCUGACGCUCCGGGAUCAGACAGAGAAAGCGAAGAAAGAUGCAAUUAAGAAGGCCGGGAGGGUGUCGGAUUUGUUGGUGGAUGCUGUGAAUGGAGGGGUACAAGAGACCUUCAUGAACGAGAAGCGAAUUGAGCUGGAGAUUCGAGCAUUGACUGCAACCGUUGGUCGCUUCAUGAAGCAGACUGAUCAAUGGCUCGCUGCUAGUCACGCUAUUAACACCGCUGUUAAGGAAAUUGGGGACUUUGAGAACUGGAUGAAGAGCAUGGAUUUUGAUUGUAAGAGCAUCAACACAGCAAUCCGCAACAUCCACCAACAAUGACAUGAUCAUUUGAUUUCUCGAGUUACUGUCAAUCAAAUCCAAAUUUGGUAUAAUCACAUUCACAGUUGGCAAUGGUUAUCUGAUGUACCCCAUUUUGUAAUAGUUGAAGAGUUCUCAUUAAUGCAAGCUUGAUGUCAACUAUUCCUUGCAGAAUUGUAGAGCUUUGUAAUUUUCUCAAUGAAAUUUGUGGGUUUUAAUUA